CCAACCAUUGCUCCAAUUGUUACGAUGGAACUGAUUUCGCAAGCUUAGCGUCAUUUCGUUGUGAUUUUGUUGGUAUGUAAGGUUGCCACGACAACCGUGUUUUUAAACAACUUUUCACGUUACAAAUUUGUGCAUCCACCGUUUCGUAGUGGGAAAUUCACACACAUCAGUGUACCGAUUUGCAGCUUUAAUACCGACCUGUAUAUAUUCACAUUGGUGUUCUUGGUGUGAUUGGAGAGUGGAAACAUUUGGUGUUAUAAAGAAAAGUGGUAAGCGUUCUGUUCUGUGAUAUCAUAGAUCGACAUUAAGCAAUAGACACGUGUCUAAGAAGCAUGAGCGUGUUCAAAUUAGAUGAAGAGGGCGAUGAAGAGGCCCUUUACCAAGACUUCCACGAUAGUCUCACUGUCUCUGAACCCUUAGCUAUCCCAUCAGACCGUGCCAGAAGAAGAAGCUCUGCAUCGAACAGAAACACUCCUCAACAUCGUCUAGGAACCAGCUUUGAGAUUGGAAUCGAUGACGAUUUCAUCGAAGAUGAGGUUGAGGAUGAUGAGCCUCGGUUGGGGAAGCCGAGACCAAGCGAUUUCGAAUGUAUCAAGGUCCUCGGAGUUGGCUCGUAUGGAAAAGUGUUACUUGUUAGAGAAAAGAAAACUGGUAAGCUAUUUGCACAGAAGCAGCUGAAGAAGGCAUCUCUGAUCAUUCAGUCCAAGACCGUUGAAAGAACCAUCAACGAAAAGACCAUCUUGGAGAGCGUUAAACAUCCAUUUAUUGUGAAGCUGUACUAUGCCUUUCAAGAUGACUCCAAGCUAUAUCUGAUUCUUGAGUAUUUACAAGGAGGGGAGCUGUUCCAACAUUUACAGCUGGAGAAGUUUCUAGGUGAGGCGAAGGCAUCUAUAUACUUGGCCCAGAUGGUACUUGCACUUGAGCAUUUGCACAAAAUCGGUAUAGUUUACAGGGAUCUCAAGCCUGAAAACUGUCUAUUGGACGAAGAUGGAUAUCUCAUCUUGACAGAUUUUGGACUGAGUAAAGUUGGGUUGAACGAUGAGGAGCUGUGCACUUCAUUAAUUGGAACUCCCGAAUAUAUGGCACCUGAGAUCUUGCAAGAUAUACCAUAUGACUAUUCCGUGGACUUCUGGUCCCUCGGCUGUGUCAUGUUUGACAUGCUCACAGGUUCUCCACCGUUCACUGGUAAUAACAACAAGAAAAUCUACGACAAGAUCGUUGCCAAUAAGCUCAAGAUUCCAUUCUAUCUCUCCCAAGAGGCCAAGGACUUGUUGCUACGUCUCUUGAAGAAGAGUCCACAGAAGAGACUGACCGACAUCGAAGCCCUCAAGAAGCACCCUUUCUUCAGAAACGUCAACUGGAAAGAUAUACUCGAACGCAACUUUGAGCCUCCAAUCGUCCCAAUAGUCACGGAUCCACAACUCGCAGAGAACUUCGAUUCUGAAUUCACUGGCCUGCCAAUCUCACCGGUUGGUUCCCAUAGAGCUGGUCUCACCAUUAACAACCCACAGAAGCAGCAGCCCUUCGAAGACGCCUUCAAAGGUUUCUCGUACACCGAUAAAAACUUCACAGAUAUAUAUUCCUAGGA